AUGAAAAUAUCGAUUAUUGUAGCAGUUUCUAAAAAUUUUGUUAUAGGCUCCAACCCAAAAGGAUCAAAGCUUGGUGAGUUACCAUGGCAUUUACCAAAAGACCUUAAACAUUUUAAAGAAACAACUCAUGGCUUUCCUUGUAUUAUUGGUAGAUUAACACUUGAAGCAUUUGGUGAUUUAUUACCUAAUAGAUUUAACAUUAUAGUAUCAAAGAAAGAGGAGUUUAUGAACCUUAGAGAGAACAAAAAGAUUGAUUUACCAGAAUAUGAAAAAGGUGUAACAGAAAAAGGUGCAAGUUAUGUAGUAGUACCAACAGUUGAAGACGGUAUUCAUUAUGCUGACAAUACAUUAAAAACCGAUUUAGUAUACAUUGUUGGUGGUAAAGGUAUCUAUGAAACCUCACAACCAUAUACCCAUGAAUUAAUUAUUACAGAUAUAGAUACACAUAUCGAUGAUACAGAUGUUGUAGUUUAUAACCCAUUCCCAAGCGAAGAAGAGAAAUCUAAAUGGAUUCAAGUUUCACAACAUCACCACCCAAAAGACGAUCAAAAUAACUUUGAUUUUUCAAUUACAUAUUAUAAGAAAAAAGAAGAAAUUUUAAUUAAUCUACCACCACCAUCACCAUCAUUUUUAAAAAAACACCCAAUUUUAAAAUAA